CGGUCGCUGCAGCAGAAGCGAGAGGGGAGGGGGCGGGAGAGGCUCGCCGGGUUGCGGCGAAGAAGGGAGGCUUUUCCUCCUCUCCGCUGGGUCGAAUGAGGGGGGGGGGGUCUCACCGGGAGGCUCGUCCCCCCUCCUUCAGCUGGCUGCUAUGAGGUGGCCGCCGCAGAAGUGAGCCUUGGAAGGGCUGACAAGAGGGCGGCAGCGUGAGGGCUGAGCGGCUGUCCUCCGCCCACCAAGACGAGGGCGGGAAGCGGGCGAGGCCCCGGGGCCGCAGCACAGCUCUGACGGGAGCGGCCAUGAUACAGUGAAAGGCUUGCCUCCUCCGGUUGCCGAAGGGGGCCGCAGAGCGACAAGGGCGCCUGAGAAGGGGGACGCGACAAUAUGGCCAAUGACAGCGGUGGGAGUGGCGGGGCAGGACAAGGUGGCGGCGGCACCAGCAACGAUGGCGGGAGCGGCAGUGGCACGAGCAGCGCCAGCAGCGAGCGGGACCGGCAAUACUGCGAGCUGUGCGGGAAGAUGGAGAACCUGCUACGCUGUGGGCGCUGCCGCAGCUCUUUCUACUGUAGCAAAGAGCAUCAGCGCCAGGACUGGAAGAAGCACAAGCUCAUCUGCCGGGGAAGCGACAGCGGCGCAGCAGGGGGCGCUGCAGAGCACCGAAGCGGUGGAGACCAUGCCCACAACCACCCGCGGUGCCAGAGUCACGGCUACGCCGCGGCGGCAGCUGCAGCAGCAGGAGGAGGCGGCGGCGAAGGCGAAGUGGACUGUAAGGAAGGCGCGGCCGCAGCAGCGAAGGUGACUGCGCCGCCUGCCAAGCCGCGGCCGGACACCAACUCGGAAGAGAGCGCGGCAGCAAUAACGAAUAACCACGUUGGCCAGGCAGCACCAGAGGGUCGCGGACAGGAAGAGGACGACAGGGAAGUGGCAGCGACCGGGGAAACGGGGUUGCUGUUGUACGGCGGCGGUCCCAGCGUGGCUGGAGGGACGUCCUUGCGACCCAACGGGCAGAUGAAGUCGUUGGUGCCUCAGCGGCUGGCGCUGGAGUACAUCGUGCCCUGCAUGAACAAGCAUGGCAUCUGCGUGGUGGACGAGUUUCUGGGCAAGGAGCUGGGCGGGCAGAUUGCGCAGGAAGUGCGCGCGUUACACCAUACCGGCCGCUUCACGGACGGGCAGCUGGUCAGCCAGAAGAGCGACUCCUCCAGGGACAUUCGUGGAGACAAGAUCACCUGGGUAGAGGGGAAGGAGCCCGGCUGCAAGACCAUCGGGAAGCUCAUGAACAGUAUGGACGAUCUCAUUCGCCACUGCAAUGGCAAGCUGGGCAACUACAAAAUCAACGGCAGGACGAAAGCAAUGGUGGCUUGCUAUCCAGGCAAUGGAACAGGAUAUGUGCGCCAUGUUGAUAAUCCAAAUGGAGAUGGAAGAUGUGUCACAUGUAUAUAUUACCUUAAUAAAGACUGGGAUGCCAAGGUAAGUGGUGGUAUUCUUCGAAUAUUUCCAGAAGGCAAAGCCCAGUUUGCUGACAUUGAACCUAAAUUCGAUAGAUUGCUAUUUUUCUGGUCUGACCGCCGCAACCCUCAUGAAGUACAGCCUGCAUUUGCUACAAGGUACGCAAUAACAGUGUGGUAUUUUGAUGCAGAUGAAAGAGCACGCGCUAAAGUAAAAUACUUAACAGGUGAAAAAGGUGUGAGGGUUGAACUUAAUAAACCUUCUGAUUCAAACGGAAAAGAUAUUUUAUAAAGUGUUUGAUCUAGCAAUUCCCUGUGCUACGUCCUGUCUCUUCGCCACCCUUCCCCAAACAGACUUUGGCGCUAUCUAUUAACUUUUGAAUGUGAAUAAUGGGGAAAAGGAAAAUCAACGCCAAAUUGACUAUUUGAAUAAGCAAAUAUUGGGGUUCAGUUUUGCAUCAAAUGGAUUUCUAACCGCUGAAAUAUUGUACUACGUGAUUGUGACUCCAGUCCUACAACUGCUUAUGUGAAGAUAAGCAAUGAGAAAAAAACAGCUUAUACAUGAAGUGCCCUACAUACAAUUUUUCCAUUCUUUAUAUGUUGCCGGAUCAGUCAUCCAGCUCAAUGCUGGUCAUAUCCCCCCUUUAAAAAUACGGUCAGUUUAAAUUUUAGAUAUUUUUUGUAUAACCAGGUACAGCUGAUUUAAAAUUUAGCAAAACAAAAAUUAUUCUCCAAAAUAGCAUUUAUCUAUUUUUGUAAAUCUGCUGUUCACACUGUUCUGCUCUUAUAUAAAACCUAAUUUAAAAAAGAGUUGCCAGUAACUGAUGAUCACUUUGUCUUUACACCUAAAGUCAGAAACAGAGCACUUUAAUUACCAGCUAAGAACCCGAUUGUUUUAUUUUCUUAUCUUACACUAAUUUGAAUUUUUUAAAAGAAUGCUGCUGUAUUGUGUUGACUUUCUUCUAUGAAACUUUUUUAACUGAAACAGAUGCCUAUCUUAGUUGUCAGUUACUUUCUAAGAUUUGUGGUUUUAUACAUUGAAUCCAGAAUAUGUCUUGUUUGGGUUUUCUAAGUGACGGGGCACUAAGUGAACUUGACACUAUCCAUACUGUCCUUGGCACAGGGCACUGUGGGUGCAUCCAGUAGGAACUUCACCUCUGGGAGCCAUUUGAUAUGAAUGGGCGUAACUGAAGAACAUAGCUGUGCUCUAAUGCAGCUCCUGCUUCUUUCAGUUUGGCUAGUGUAGAUGAACUGCCAAUUGUAUUGUGCCCAUAAGUAUCAUUAGACCCAUCUAAUGUAAGGGUUUAAAAGCUUUUAGAUGUACCAAGACCCUUUUUACUGCCUUGAUGGGAGAAUUCUGUGCUUGAAUAAUUUUAAAAAACAUCCCCUCUGCCACUGUCUGUAGGGUAAUUGAACUUAUCACUGAUGUUGUUUCCUCUCAGUUACAUAGUAUCAAGUAUGAAUGCAUUAAGACUGCAGUGCAUCACUACAGUUUUAAUAAGUAAACACUUUCAAACUGCUGAGUCAUUUUCUCCCUAAAAUACACUGACCUCUGAGCAAUACUAAAGAUGUUAAUGAGGGAAAAAUUACCUCUUGUUUAAGUUGAGGAAGCAAUAGAGAAUAAAGUUCACUCAACCAGACAUGUUUGAAAUGUUUAUUUUGAAGUGGUGGGUGUAUGCUCCAAUGUAACCCCCCAAAGGGAUCCUUCCACAUAUUACCAGCCUUGCAGAUAUGGUUUUUCCCACUUAAAUUUUCCAUUGCCUGUCCUUUGAUCCCUCACUUAAAACAAUGUGAGUGUACAGAAAUAUUUCUGUAUAUACAACUUUAUGACAAUUUUAGUCUCUGUAUAGUUUGUACUCUUAUUAGAGACCUUUUCUAUGGAAAGCUGAGUAAUUUUUAUUAAAAAAGACUUACUAUUCAUGUAAAACAUGAAAAAGAUUGUGUUAUAGUGACAACUGACAGGAAGGGGAAAUUCAGUAUUGUGAUAGAAUUUUAGGGGAACUUUUGGCAAAUGUUUGGGGGGGGGGGUUUCCCAAACAAUUAGUUGUCAAAAAAAUUAACUGUUUGGUUCUUCUCUUCAUCCCACUAAAUCGGAAGAAAACAUAUCUACUGUAAGUGCCUCUGCAAACCUGACCAAGGAGUGCAAAUCUUUACUGUGGCCUGCAGUGCAAUGCACUGCCUUAGGCCUAAAAAACACCAUUUCUAACUUCUUAUAACAGCUUUUUUAUGUUGAGUAGAAGUUUGGUUCUGUGUUAGAAAUGCACAACGUAAGCCUUCACCUUUUUAUUUUCAGUCACUAUAUUAAAAUUACCAGUGUCUUAAAUUUGUGCUUGUCGGGGAGAUUUAAAGUGUGCUUAAGUCUCUCAGUUUACUUACAAAAGGUCAUCAAAUUGGGUCUUCUAACAUCCGUUUAGAAACUGUUCAUGUCAGUAAAAUCUUCAGCCUUGGGCAUCUCCAAGCAGGAAGCUGUUUCAGACUAUUUUUAAACUAUCUUAUGGCCUGUAUAUGUGUUUAGUCCUGGUUAAAGAUAAAGCUUCAUGAUGCUAUUUUUAUUUUGUGACAUUAGCCAGCUGCAAAACACAAUACUUUUAUCUAGCAGGCAAAGAAAUUCAGGAUUCAUUUGCAGAUUUCCUAUAAAGUCAUGUAAUUUCUGAAAAGCAGUGUUCAUUUCUGAAAGUGCUUGUAAAGCUAAUCUAAUUAAAAGGAUGUAUAAAGGUUCUUGAAACAA